AUGCCACCCAUUUCCUCAUCUGCCCAUGCUUCUCCGACUAAGCUAGCAUCAAAGCCCUCUCCUUCGGGAAAGGCUUUGCUGGCCCAGGCAGAAGCAAAGUUCAAUUCGUCAAAAAAAAGCUCAAUUACCUGGUGGAUAUCCUCUCUCUUUUCUACUCGCAUGUCAGAGGAAGAUAAUGUGGAGCAGGCUGCCGAAUUGUUUGGACAGGCUGCCAAUAGAUUUAAAAUCGACAAACUUUGGAACGAUGCGGGAAGCGCCUUUUUACGGAUGGCCACUUGCAGUUCGAUUAUUGGAGAGCGUGACGACGAGCUGUCUGCGCUUGUUUCGGCGGCCUCUUGCUUUAAAAAAUCGGAAUUUCCCCAAAAAGCAAUUGAUCCUCUAACUACAGCAUCGCUGGGAUAUCUUGAACGCGGACGGUUGCAUACGGCGGCCAGACAAUUUCGCGACCUUGGGGAGCUCUAUGAAAUUCUUGCUGGAAAGCCAAUUGAAUCCGGGGACUAUUUUACGCCAUCAAGUGAACCUUUUUUUUUAAAGGCAAUUGAGUUUUUUCAAAAGUCUUCCGAUCUUUUUCUUGGCGAAGACGCGAUUGCAACGUCCAAUGCGUGUUUGAUCCGAGUUGGAAUGCUUGCAGCACUUUGCAAGGACUUUCCUCUCGCCGUGCGAACAUUUGAAGAAAUGGCGCGACAAAGCAUUUCGCAGGCGCUUGCCAAAUGGUCCGUCAAAGAACAUUUGUUCCGAGCCUCACUGUGCAUGCUUGCCAGCAGAGAUUAUGAUCUGACCUCUAUUGAGAGAGCACAUACGUCUGAGUACAUCACUUUGGAUUCUGGAUUUUCUAUGUCGCUCGAGUGCGCUUUUGUCGCUGUAUUUAUUUCCUCUGAUUUCGAGGACGAUUUGGAGUCCUUUAAUGCCAUAGUCUCCGAGUUUGACAAGAUGUCUCCGUUUGAUGCAUGGAAGUCUGCGCUUCUUCUACUGAUUAAGCAGCGGUUUGACGAAACGGAGUCGCUCGCCUAG